UCUUGACCUCAUCGUCCCGCCCUACUAUGCUGUGAUUGGCUAGUACUCGACGUGACGUGACCCGGAUGAAGAAUCACAACGAGGUCGCCUCACAAGUCAACAACGUGUAUCCAUGUGUUUUACCGACUUACAGAAAACAGAUUAAGAAACAUCAUCAUGACGUCAUUGGCUCACCAGCUGAAGAGGCUCGCGCUGCCUCAGAGCGACCCGAACCUUCUGACCCGGAGAGAAGUCGCCUCGCUCCUCUUCGACCCCAAAGAUGCUGCUGCCAUGGACAGAAGCACCUUCUAUGCCCUCGGCUGCACGGGGCUGGAGGAGCUGCUGGGAAUCGAACCGGCCUUCCUGGAGUUCCAGGACACGCUUUUCAGCCGAGCCUCAUUGACGCUGGAGCGCAGCGUCCAAUCCAAAGAGGUCAACGAGAAGCUGGAUGCCGGCAUCUCGCUCUUCCUCGCCCGCCUCUGCCCGUACUUCCUCCUCAAACCGGCUCACAAGUGCAUCGAGUGGCUCGUUCACCGCUUCCACAUCCAGCUGUAUAACAGCGACAGCCUGUUGGCGUGCGCGCUGCCGUACCACGACACCAACGUGUUCGUCAGAGUCCUGCAGCUCCUCAAGAUCAAAGACGCCACGAGCCGCUGGAACUGGCUGCACGGCCUGCAGAAACCCGGCGUGCCGCUGUCCAGAGCAACACUGAUCACUCACUGCUACACAGACCUGAGCUUCAUGGACUUCAUCUGCACCAUGGUCACCAAGUCCAUCCAGGCGUACUCAGCACACUCUGGAAGUUGCUCUCAGCUGCGAGUCAUCUUCUCCUUCUACGCCUCCACCAUCGUCCCCGCUCUGGACGCGGUGGACAAAGUUUCUGACGCCAUCAUUUCCAAGCUGCUGCCGUACGUUCAGAAGGGUCUGAAGUCGCCGCUGACGGACUACAAAGCCGCCACCUACAUGAUCGUGUGCCAGCUGGCGGUGAAGGUGGUGAUGGAGGCGAGUCUGGUCGACACGCUUGCCGCUCACGUCAGCAAGUCUCUGCUCAAAGAGCCCGUGCUGGCCAAGGAGGGGCUGGGCUGCCUCGUCGUGCUGCUGCAGAACCAGAAGGAGGGCGCCGCUGGGCCUCGAGCCUUCAGCCGGCUGAGCUCGAUGCCGGCGCUGGCGUCCACGCUGCAGCCGAUGGCGGCGGCUCACGAUGUCAGUCCUCUGCUGCGCUACCUGCUGCCUCACCUGGUCCACGCAGCGUUCACCUGCAGCUCAGGUGAGACGCAGACGGACGAGCUGGCCGUGUUGGAGUCCAUCCUGCAGAACGUUCCUCUGACCAGAGGCCUCGACCAAACUGUGGCUCGGUUUCUGCUCGACGAGUAUCUCAGUCAGACCGAACUCUCGGCUGAAAACAUGGCGGCCCUCGACCGCCGCCUUCUCCCUCUGGUUCGACUGUUGGAGUCCAGGUACUGUGGCGCUCUGGACGGCGUCCUCGCAAGCCAUGUGACCGACAUCAGCAGCAGCGAGCAGAAACGUCUCUUCCACCAGUUCCUGUCUUUGUCCAUGAGCAGCGGAAAAUUCCAGAUAAUGGGCGACUCGGACACGUCGCUGCUGCUCAGUCUGAAACACCCGCAGCCUUCGGUCAGAGUCUCGGCCGUCGAGCACCUGAUGGCCGUCAUCACCUCCACACAGCAGCUGCAGAGUUUUGACGAAGGCUUCCUGAAAGACGCCGUCAUGGACCGGCUGAACGAUGACGUGCCGGAGGUCGUGGCCGCCGCUCUCAAAGUCCUGGAGGUGCUGCUGGAUGUUUUGGACCCCGAGGACUCCGUGUCGGGUUUACUGUCACUGCUGCACAGAGUGGAACCGUCCACGGCUGAGAAGUGGCUGCCCGUGCUGACAGAGGCGGUGCGUUUACUGUCCGACCCCCGGCUGGGAAAGGGCGACGGCGAGCUGCUGCAGAGGGCGGCCUGGAAGCUGCUGCCCUUCCUGGUGAUCACCUCCUCAGCCCAGCUCCGCCUCGCCGCCUGCAUCGCCCGAUCCUCCUUCAUCGCCCAACACCCGCUCACCCUCAACUGGGCUCAAGAGUUGGAGGCGAUGAUGAAGAGGAGCUCUGAAUCCGACUUUGUAGGUUUGGCCAAUGAGCAUCUCGUCUCCACGCUGACCAGGAACCUGGCGAACAUGGAGCACUUUUCAAAACGGGACGCUCUGGAGAAGCUGUGUCUGUUGGUGGAGCAGCAGCGAGGCUCCGCCCUCAGAUCGAGGGCCUCCUUCCUGGUGCUGACCCGGACUCUGCUGCUCAGUCUCGGCGAGCUGAGCGGGACGCAGCACCUCCUCACCGCUCAGAGGGUCUACACGCUGCUGGAGACGCCCCUGCUGGAGGUCGUCAGACACGCUGCCGCCGCUGACGCUCAGGAAGCUGAGCGCUCUGUCACCGUCAUGCCCUCCUCCUUCUCUGAAGCACUCGCCGUGUUCCUGAGCGGGUGCGAGCAGCAGCCAGGGCGCCGUCUGGACAGAGAGUUCAGCUUCGUCCUCAUCUCGCUGCUCAGGGACUUCGUCUCCUCGCUCCAGUGUCCCGACGCUUCCUUUAGAGGUGAGGUGUGGUGGAACCCAGAGAAGCUGGACACAAACACCUGCUGUUACCUCGGGCUCACCUGCCGCCUCUUCAGUGUCAUCAUGAGCGGCGCUGGCGAGGGGCUGGCGGCUGGCAGCUUCAGAGACUUAAUGAAGCUGCUCAUACAGGUUCACCUGCGCGAGCCGCUGAUGCUCUUCCGCUUCCUGUGCGUGCUGUGGGGGUACAGCAGUAACCAUGGCGACCAGCUGGACGUGAAGGUGGGCGCCGUCCUGCAGACUCAGGCUCUGUACAUGGGUGCAGCUCUGCUAAACGCCCAGCCGGCGGCUGUGCUGCAGCAGCUGGUCGCUGCCGACUCACCUGUGGUCCCGUCUCUGCUCGGCUGUCUCACCUCUCUGGUUCGAGAGGUCCGCAGGGCGGCGCUGGCCGCUCUACAGAGCCUAUCAGGAGUCGACUCUGGUCCCUUCAAGCCAAUCACAGAGAGGCUUCUGAAGACCUCCGAGGAGAUCGUCGCUGACCCGUCCUACCUGAGCCAGGCUCUCGGCGUGCUCCACGAGGAGUGCGAGUGUGUGAAGGUGAAGUCUCAGCAGAAGAAGAAGCUACAGGCAUCGAUGCAGCAGCUGCUGCAGAGCGUUCAGGCUCCCAGCUGCCCGUCGUACGGUGCCGGCGUCCUGCUGCGAGCGCUGAGCGACGUCAACGGACAGGCUGUCCUGUCUGUCCUGCUGCCGGUUCUGGAUCGCCUCCUGGAGCAGAGUGGCCCCGACGCCCCCACCCUGCUGCGGGCUGAGGCCCAGCUCAUCCACCUCGUCCUGGGGAAGUACAACGAGGCGUCGGCCCCCUUGCUGGUCCAGGACCAGAACUGUCUGGACCUGUUCAUCAGAGCUCUGAAGACCUCGACCCAGCCGCACCCCGACAUCCCCAGUUGCCAGAUCAGCGCCCUGGAACAGAUCACGAAGCCGUUCUUCUCGGCGCUGGGAGACGAGGCGGUGCAGCAGAAGCUGCUGUCGGUGAUGUUUGACGUGGUGGUGGCGAGCAGGAGCCCUCUGGUGGCGAACACCAUCAGCAGCGUCUUUAAAGCGCUCGCUGUCGACGCUCAGCUGGUGGCCAAUGAGCUCGCUCCUCCAGAGAAACCCAAAGUGAGCGUGACGGUGCAGCAGAGCCGGCGGAGCAGGAUGUCUCAGAGGAAGCCUCAGGACGCCACUGACGGCGGCACAGAGGGCGGCGCCGUGUCGUGGCGGAGAGUCACUCUGAUCCUGGAGCUGCUGCAGCACAAGAAGAAGCUGAAGAGAGCUCAGGCGCUGGUGCCGGUCCUGUUCUCUCUGCUCGCCAGGACUCUAGAGGCGUGUCCUGAUGAUCACACCAACAUGGAGUACACUAAACAGCUGUUGCUCAGCUGUCUGCUCAACGUCCUCCACAAACUGUCUCCUGACGGGGGUGCGGUGGGGCCCGACGUCCUGGAUGAAGAUAAGUUCAGCGUGGAGCUGGUGGUUCAGUGCGUCAGAGCGUCCGACGUGCCGCAGACUCACCACCACGCUCUGCUGCUGCUGGGCGCCGCCGCUGCCAUCUUCCCCGAGAAAGUCCUGCACAACAUCAUGCCCAUCUUCACCUUCAUGGGCGCCAACAUCCUGCGUCUCGACGACGCCUACAGCUUCAGGGUCAUCGACAAGACGGUGCAGAUGGUCAUCCCUGCCCUCAUCAAGGCCCACCAGCUCUCAGACGGCAGCUCUUCGUCUCGUGUGCUCGCCGUGGUGGCGAGGAUCGUGCACGUGUUUGCCGACGCCCUCCCUCACGUGCCCGACCACCGGCGGCUGCCCAUCCUCAGUCAGCUGAUGACCACGCUUGGCGCCGACCGCUUCCUCUGGGUCCUGAUGCUGCUCCUGUUCAAGCUGCACGCCACACAGACCGCCAGCACUGCCAGCGAGAAGGACGCGGCUCUGGAGAGCGAUGUGGACUUCUGGAUCUCUCUCUGCUGUCAGUUCGAGGUGACCGACCAGCUCACCUCCCUCAUCAACAUCCUCCACUUCCUGCUGCAGCUGCCGGACGACAAAGAUGACGCUCCAGUGAAACGCUCCGUCGGCCAGCGAGGAGCCCAGAAGAAGAAGAAGGAGGAGGAGGAGAAGGUGGAGGAGGUCAUCUUCAGCGUGGAGGCUCACAGCAGCAAAGAGCUCCGACACUUCAAGUUCCUCUGCGUCUCCUUCAUGGCUCAGCUGCUCGGCUCCUCCAGCUUCAUCGGCAAGGUUGCAGACGGAGGAGAAGAAGUGGACCAGUCUCUGCAGCCACUGCAGCAGACGCUGCUGGAGGAGAUCCUGCGUUACAUCCACAGCGUGGCUCGCUGCGUGGAGGACAACGCCGACAAACCAACGGCAAAGUUCUGGAGAGUUCUGCUGAACAAAGCCUACGACGUUCUGGACAAAGUGAAUUCAUUGUUGCCCGCGGAUACCUUCAUCGCGGUGAUGAGGGGGCUGAUGGGAAAUCAGCUGGCGUCCGUCAGGAGGAAAGCCAUGGAGCUGCUCAACAACAAGCUGCAGAACCGCACGCACUGGGACCAGCAGCAGGUCACUGUGAUGUUGCAGCUGACCGACGACCUCCUGAGAAUUUUGGGUAAAAAUCCCGUUAAGGCGGUGGAGGCGGAGCAGGAGGCGGAGCAGGCCAUCAACCGGCAGACGGCGCUCUACAGCCUCAAGCUGCUCUGUCGCAGCUUCGGCGCCGACCACCAGCAGACAUUCGUCCCCGUCUUGCUGCAGACCGUCGACAUCGUCACGGCGACGGACGAGGAGAAGAACGUGACGGGCAGCGCUCUGCUCUGCAUCGCUGAGGUCGUCAGCACGCUGAAGGCUCUCGCCAUCCCACAGUUACCACGGUUGAUGCCAGCGGUGCUGCACGCCGUGACCGACAGGAAGCAGCUACUGACCAACGAGAUCUACCUGCUGAGCGCCGUCACCGCCCUGCAGCGUGUCACAGAGACACUACCACACUUCAUCAGCCCGUACCUGCAGGACACCACCGCACAGGUGUGCCGGCUGACCCGGCUGGUAGACUCCUCCUCCUCCUCGUCUUCAUCCUCCUCGGCUGCCACUCAGCUGUCGUCUCGUCUCGCCUCCCUCAGGAGCACCCUUGCCACCAAGCUGCCCCCCAGGGUCCUACUGCCCACAGUCAGCAGGUGCUACAGCAGCAUGGUGAUCGACAGGAAGGACCAGCUGGUGGCGCUGAUGAGCAUCCUGAAGGAACACAUCAGUCACAUGGACAAAGAGCAGCUCAACUUCCACCAAUCAGAGCUCACCUCCUUCUUCCUCACAGCGCUCGACUUCAGAGCCGAACACUGUCAGGGCGACCUGCAGAAGACGGCGGAGAUCGAAGGCUGUGUGAUCGACUGUCUGCUCGCCAUGGUGAUGAAACUGUCCGAGGUCACAUUCAGGCCGCUCUUCUUCAAGCUGUUCGACUGGAGUAAAUCUGACAGUAAAGAGCGUCUGCUGACGUUCUACCGGCUGUCCAACUUCAUCGCGGAGAGACUCAAAGGACUCUUCGUCCUGUUCGCAGGAAAUCUGGUCAAACCGUUUUCUGAUCUGCUGCGGCAGACGAACCGAUCCAAGACUGAUGAGUUGCUGUUUGACAGUGAAGAGAAGACCAGUCUGCUGCUUCACUUCGUCCUCGACUGUCUGAAGAAGAUCUUCCUGUACGACACGCAGAGAUUCCUCAGCAAAGAGCGAGCCGACGCCCUGCUGAGCCCGCUGGUCGACCAGCUGGAGAACAGUGUGGGAGGGGAGCAGGCGACCCAGCAGAGGGUGACCCAGCACCUGGUCCCGUGUGUGGGUCAGUUCUCUGUGGCGUUGGCUGACGACACUCAGUGGAAAACUCUCAACUACCAGAUCCUCCUCAAGACCAGACACCCGGAGUCCAGGGUGCGUUUCUCCUCUCUGCUGAUGUUGAUGGAGUUGGCGUCCAAACUGAAGGAGAACUACAUUGUUCUGCUGCCGGAGACCAUCCCGUUUCUGGCAGAACUCAUGGAGGAUGAGUGUGAGGAGGUGGAGCAGCAGGUGCAGAAGGUGGUUCAGAAGAUGGAGAACAUCCUGGGAGAACCGCUGCAGAGCUACUUCUAAUACACACACACACACACAUAUAUAUACACACACACACACACACACACA